AUGACUGUCCAGUUUCUGUCUGAGAUAGCGUAUCACGGGAUGUGUCACGAGAUAGGAACCCCAGAAGAAGUAAGCUAUAGAAGGGAAAUGUCGGAUAUUCAAGAGUUCCUGGACAAUCGUCUGAGAAGAAGGAGUGAGCGCAAAACGAUGAAUAGUGGUAGUAGAAAAGAAGGAUUCCGAUUAAAUGAAUCAGACCUAGACAUAAUGUUUAUAGAACCUUGGCACCGUGUUAUCUGGGAUAUGUCCCACUCCGUGAUGUACAAUUUACAAGGACAAACUCCGAUUUUAUGUAACACUUCUGAGAGUCCACCUGGAUUUGCUUUACUUUGGUUGCCAUUGGAAAACUCAUCGGAUUUAGUUUAUUCUGCUUGUGUAAGGAUAAACGGAGGGUUGUAUAUAUCAAGUUCUAAAUUCAGAGAAAUGGGAUGUUCUUGUGCAACACCUGAUUCUACAAUACAUGGACCAUGUAGAAGUAGGCAUAUCGGAGAAGCGAUGUUCGACUUUGCCCAUUGUUUUGUCAGUGAUUUUUGGCCUCCCGCUGCCUCCUCAUGGAUAGACAGAUGCCACUCAUGGCCACCACAGCAUGUUACUGACGACAUUGUCAGAAAUGGUUGUCAUUUUGUUGCGAUAGGAAACAAAGCAGGAAACCACGCCGAUAUCGAGUGGAGGAUAUCUUUUUCUCAGGCAGAAAACAAACUUGUCUAUUCAAUGAAUCAUACGCAAUUUUUAAAUUAUGGCUUGCUGAAGUUGUUCCUAAAUGAAGUAAUAAAUGCUGGAUUAAGCGAUGAAGAGAAACUGCUGUGUUCAUAUCACAUGAAAACCGCCAUUUUUUGGGCCAUACAACAAAACAUGCUACCUCAGUGGUGUCCGGAAAAUAUAUUAGCCGGAUUCUGGAUCUGUUUUAAACUUAUUCUCAAAUGGGUGUAUCAGGGGGUUUGUCCUAAUUUUUUUAUUCCAAAAAAUAACUUAUUCUUAAGCCGUAUAUAUGGCAGAGACCAGAGAAAUCUAUUCAGAAGACUGUAUCAUUUGUAUGAGAAAGGUUUAUUUCUGCUGCUACAUAUUUCAUCGAUGAGACAAUAUAUCCCUCAAGGCUUUAUUUUCCCCGACAGGCUUAUAGUUUUUGGCGAUUGCAAUUUGGGAUCUGAGUUUGUGGUUGAUUUUAAAUUAUCUGAAGAAAUAAAAAAUUGUGAUCGUUUGAGUGUAAACAACCUACAAGACUGUGCAAAAGCCCUUCUCGUAAUAGAACAGUUGACUUGUUUACCGCUGAAUAGUAAUACGAUUAUUAUGUUACAAAAGCAUACAGCCACAAUCCUUCAAUGUACUGCUUUUGUACUACACAACAAAUACAUUGAUAAAAAUGACAACAAAAAUACAUAUAUCAGAGACAAAAAGGCAUGUCACUUGCUUAGAUUAUCAAUGAAAUUUGGAUAUUUGUCGGACAUGCUGUACAUUGCAAUGUUCUAUUACAAAACAUUCAGAUACAAGGAAGCGUUAUCGAUAAUAGAUAUCUCAAAGGUCAAGAUGUCACAACCAUAUGUCAUGUUAGGUGAGGAACAACGUUGGACGUAUACUGAAGGUGUAGGUGGCCGGCCUUGGUCUAUAAAAAUGAGACACGCAAUAACAAGCAUUCCUACGCUUGACAAUACGAUUUGUUAUAUGACGGAACUGCUGCUGGAACAGCAGUCUAGUUACUUGGGCAACCGACGUUGUAUUGAUAUUCCGCCAUGGAUUCUUUUAAGUUUUCUAGAGUUUUUAAGUUGUAGACAGAAUGACACAUUGAGAUCACAGGCGGCUGUAGAUGAUAUCCAGGCCCUAGUAAAUUGCGACGACGAGUUCUUUGUACCUAAGGUCACUUUGGAUAUUUCUUGGGAGAUCCUGGGAAUCUGUCAACAGAUCACAGGCAACAUCGAGGCUGCCCGGUUUUCGUUUCAACAAUCACUUAAACAAUAUCCAUAUUGUGAAAUAAAACUUGCCACCAGACAACGAAUUAAUGCAUUGUAAUGACAUUCAGCAGUGCAUUGAUUGCGAUAAAUCAUGAUGAUUGAAUUGUAAUUAAGGCAAUAUGAGCUGCAAUUUUUAUGCAGAAUUUUUUUUUACAAAGAUGUUAUUUUCUACUAAAUUGACAAACAUAUUACGGUUUUCAGAGUUCUGGUAGCCAUAUUCUUAUUGGGAAAGUCGUAAGGAAGCCUUAAUUGAAACAAAAUUGAAUUAUUGUCGUUCUGUACAAAACUUGAUCUGCUAUAUAUUCCUUAGAAGAGAAAUAUUUCUUCUGACGAAAUUAAUGAUUCUUUCAAUUUUUUUAUCAAAAGAGUUUAAGUUACAUGCAGACUUCUCAUACUAGCAAGGUUUUGCAGCAAAAUAAAAUUAUAAAAAAUACAGCUUAUAUUG